AUGGCUUCUAGACUCUUAUGGUCCAGAGGUUGUUCAGAAUUAGAAAAUAUUCCUCGUCUAAAAAUGGCUUUAAGUAUCAUUGAUUCACUUCCGGGUAAUUCUUUGAUUGCAAAGACAGGAUACAUUACUGUAGGAACAGGUCUUUUAACAUUAGCAAUAUCCAAGGAGAUUUAUGUUCUGAAUGAAGAAACACUCUUGUUACUAUCAUUUUCUACUAUGUGUGCCAUUAUUUAUAAAGCGCUCAAACAACCAGUUGCUGAAUGGGCUUCUACACAAAAAGAAGUAUCAAGAGUAGACCAUAAAACUGCUGUUGCAGAAAGAAUUGAAACUGUUGGUCAAAUAGGAAAUCUUGUAGACGUUACCAAAACAUUGUUUGCAAUGUCUAAGGAAACAGCUAAAUUAGAAGCUGAAGCUUUUGAAUUGAAACAGAAGGCAGUGGCAGCAUCAGAAAUUAAAGCAGUUUUAGAUUCAUGGGUACGUUAUGAAGCCUCAUUACGUGAACGUGACCAGAAGGCGCUUGCAAAUUAUGUAAUUGGAAAAAUUACUGAACAAUUAAAAGAUCCUAAAUUGGUAAAAUGA